AUUUAAAGUCAGGAAUGAUCGUGGAGACGGAGACCAUGCUCCGGGGGAGCAAGUCGUCGUGGAAGCUGGAAACACUGUGUGUGGAGAAACUGUUUCAUCGGUUGAAGGAUGAGGAGAACCUCAUAAUCGCAAAGGUUGUGCAUGAUGAUUGUGGCGCGGUUGAUGUCAUAUUGCAGCGAAUGAACAUUGACUCGCAAAAGUGUAUGUGGCAUAAGGCGAAGACUUUUGUCAAACGCUUGCGAGAGGCUAUGCGCGGCACGAAGACUGUCAAACCAGCUGUGGUCGGGGCUUGCGAGCAUGUGCACGAGGUGAAGUGUUUCACAAUGAAGGAGCUCGAACUUUGGCUCGAAACGAAAUGUGUCCGCGUGGCAGGGGUGUCCAUGAAAAAAAAGGAUGAACUCGUUGAGAUUGUUUGGGGUGUGCUCUUCCUCGACGAACCAGGGAAGGCGUUGCCAGAUGAUGUCGUCGAGAUCGAUGCGUUGCAAACACUGCAUUGCAAUGCGGCGGAGGAGGUGAAGGAGUGGUUGUACGGCGCUUGCAGGCUGCGCGAGCGCGCAAGGGAUGACGAUGGCGAUGUGUUGGCCACUCAUAUGCAACACCUCGCCAAUCAUUGGGCCGGGGAUCAUUCCCGUUGCGAUAAGGAGUUGUCCAACCUGUACAAAGCAGCCGGUGGUCUGGACAGAGAGCCAUUGUACGAGGCGGGGGGACGUGUUCAUUUGGCCAUCUCGCGGUGUCUUGAACAGUUCACUUCAAAUAUGAAGAUGGUGUACUACACACAUCUCAGGCGGCGCACUGCUUGUGGUCGCCUGACAACGUCGUGGCGCUUCGACAUUGCAACUGAAGUUUUCGGCAGCCCUCGGGUCGGAGACUGGGCACAUAACAUGUUGCAGCAAUCGGACGUCGACGACCCAGUUAUUGAGCAUUAUGAUGAGGAAGCUGAUUAUGGACUCCCUGAUGCCGUUGAGAGUGCGGUGGAGGGUGUUGUGGCCGAAGGUGACAAUGUUUUCGUAGAGGCGGGAAGCGAAUCCGCUUCAGAUGACGAAAAGUCAUCUUCCGACUCCGACAACGAUUGUGCCGCUCACCGCCUCGACUUUGACGGCGUCGUGCUUUCGCAGGAGGUGUCCGUUGCGCAAGAGUGAUGGUGUCACGUACUACAUCGAUGUCAUUGUCGUCGUGAUAAUCAUGGGAAUUUUAUGUCCUCGAUUUGAACUGGUUGUAAUUUUGAAUUGGUUGUGAGAACUGGUUGUGGGAAUAUAUAUAUUGUCACAGAACUAUUGACUAAGAGCAUGAGCAUGUGAAGUAGAAGAAGAAAUAAGAUGAGCAAAGAAAAGAAAAAUGAAAGGAAAGAGAGGCAAAGAGACAGACAAACCAGAAUGACACUUUGUUUCACAGUAUUAUUAUUUCUUUCAGUCUUUUACAAAAAUUAUUUACACUGAAUCAAAGGAUCAAAAACAAAGACACAUCGAAAUC